CCCCAGUAUUACAACAUCGAAACGACCACCGUUUCGUUCUUCCUCCAUUUCUUCAACACAGAGUAGAGAAAAUUAACAACCACAACAAUGUCAUGUUUGAAAGGCUUGCCAGCAAUGGGAGGACGUUUAAAAACUCCAAAUUUCCCCUGGUUUGAAACAAAUCCUUGUUGGUGAGGGUAUUACAGUAGAAGUUAAAGGAGCUCAAGAAAUCUCUCUUUUUUACUCUUCUGAUAUCGAUCUACCAAUGAAUGGAAGUGCCAAGUGUAGUGGAGGGAAGAGUGACAUUUGGCCCUUUCUGCAUUCAACUUGCAUGGCUCUGAUUCCUAUUCGCAUAUCAGGGUCUGCAUCUUUGGUUGCUUAUAGAGCUCGAAAUCCCUAUGCACACAUAGAAACUACAUUGAUUUCAGAGGAUGUUAUUGAGCUGCUUCCAGAAAAAUGUUACCAUGGUCGUAUGUUUAAAAAGCGAGCAUGUCCAAUUGAUUCCUUAAGUUUGAAAUUAAGUAUGUUGGAGAAAGUUUUGAAGAGUCUUCUUGGUCGUAAGAUACUUCAAGGUCAGCUUUUUGGCCUUCUCAAAGCAAAUAUUAAAGCAUCAGCUGUUGUAAGGUUCCACAUAGAAUUAGAAAGAGACAUAAGGAAUAAUGUCACUCUUAAUCGUACGAUUCCUGAUUGGAGAACAAAGCCUAGUUUUGAAAGGUUUUUGUUUGAGAUACUGGCCAGAGUUGAGGAAAACAGGCUCAAGCCUCUUUUAAUCACGAAGGUAAAACCUUUUACUGGAUCUGUUUCGGUUUCGUGGGCCAAUUUGAUGUCGAAUAUGUCAUAUACAAAGUUGAGACCCGUUUUUCUUCCUCAAGAACCUCUUACACUGGAUGUGAAAUGGUAGGAGAAACCAAGUAUGAUAUCUUUUUUAACGAGUUUCUAGAUCAUGUUUGUAGAUUCUUCUGCUGAUCUUGUUAUAUGCAAGAGUUCACCAAUUCUUGUAAAAUAUUACACUCAUGAUUGGUCCUGUAAAUACCAACAUAGGAUAGGAGAAAGAAGUGAUUUUACACAAUUUA